AUGGCCCUCCCACUUGCUGUUCUCAGCAGUUGGAAGCCAAGGAGCAUCGUGAGUCUGGGCCAGCCAGUGAGCAAAUACACGGCAUUUGAAGAACUUGGGCGAGGGGGUUUUGGCGCUGUUUAUAAGGCCCUUGACACCAGCACAGGACAACAGGUGGCCAUCAAGAUCAUGUCACUCCAAGAGGAGAUGUCCGAGGAGCUGGCUGUCAAUGAAAUCCUGGUCCUGAGGGACAACAGGAAUCCCAAUAUUGUCACCUACUUGGACAGCUACCUGGUGGGUGCGGAGCUCUGGCUGGCCAUGGAGUUCAUGGACGGCGGCACGUUGUUUGAUGUGCUCAGGGCAGUGUACCUGGAGGAAGGACAGAUAGGCGCUGUCUGUCGGGAGGUGAGGGAUCCCGCUUGUGCUUCCCCAGGCCUGCCCUGCACGGUGCUUGUCAACUGCAGGGUAAAGGCAGCAGAGAUUUCUUGCUCUCGGCUUUCUUUUGGUGCUGCUGUCACGACGCAGAGGAGAAGGAAGGGCAUCUGAGGUGAACUGCCUGCCGGUGUCCCCGCACUCCUUCGGCUCUGUUCUUGCACUCUUCCACGCGCUCUGUCCUCUGGCGCUCGUGCUGGCUCCCUGGCUUCGUUUCACUUGUUUCCUCUUCUCAGCUUCGCCUCUGAAAGUCUGCCUGCAGCCUGUCCGUCUUUCCUACAUUCCAUGCCACUGUGAGCAAGCAUGCAGGUGGCAGAAUUUGAAGCUAAGGGCAAAGAGAUGUCCUCAGCUUCCAAGGAUAGCAUUGCAGCCCAGAUGGCAUUGGAUUCUGGAACACAUCUCACGUGCUGCU